UUGCACGUUACACAUUAGAGAACUGUUCCUUUUAAUAAAGAAAGUCACAAAAUAGAUACAAAAUGAGUGUACCUUAUUCAUUACUGUUACCGAGCUUUCGUCGACUAUAAUCUCGAAAUGGCGUGUUUCGCUGCACUUGAUGACAGUAAGGUCCACAUUUUCUACAGUUGGACAAUAACACAUCUGUCAUCGUUAUCGGCGUCCUGGCUCUCAUUCUCCUAGUCCUGACCCUAGUCAUCUAUGCGGAGGAAUUAUGGUUCAUGUGCAGGGUCAACUCUCUGACCCCAAACCGGAACUUGGUCAUCUUCAUCCUUACCCUGUUUCCCGUCCUGUCUCUCUGUUGUGUGAUUGGACUUCUUGUUCCUCGUUCAACAAUCUUAAUGGAAUUCAUCACCUCUACGUUACGCGGCAUCAGCAUUCUAGUCUACCUAAUGAUUCUGAUUGGAUAUUUUGACAACGAAGACAAGCUAUUGGUUGAAAUGUCAGAUUCUCCCUUCAGCUUCCGGUCUCCACCGUGCUGUUGCUGUUGUAUCUGUAUACAUGGCUCGCCAAUCACCAGGAAAACCUUAAGGAUAAUAAAAGUACUUUGUAUACAACUGGCGGCUAUACGGCCCUUCACAAUGUUGAUUCUUGUUCUCCUGUGGGUUGACAACAAAUACGAACUGACAGACACGAUGAGCACCUCCAACCCUGGAACCUUCUUUCAGUUUAUCAACAUUGCUAGUUUACUAUUAGCAAUGUGGGGGGCGAUUGCCAUGACAACAGCAACGGAAAAGAGGCUACCGGAAAGCCGGAUAAGAGCCAAAUUUCUCUCCGUCCAGCUCACCAUGGUGUUCUCCGAUGCCCAAAAGGCAUUACUUACUCUCCUAGCUUCUCGUGACGUCAUUGCCUGUGUGGACACACGUGGUCCAUUGGUUCAAGCUUAUCGCUAUCAUUACGCCCUGCUAGUGCUGGAAACGUUCCUGUUGUCGCUGUUGGCAAGAUACGCCUACAGAUUUCAGGAUCCACCCUACCAGUAUGAUGAGUUGGGGAAAGAAAAAAGUGAGAUGGGCUCCAUCAAAACUUCUGAAACAGACUUAAGGAAUUAUAAUACUAAUGCCUGAAACAUGUAAAGUAACCACAUUGAAAUCAGAAUUAAGUCUAGACACAGCUGAUGCUACUUCUCAUAUUUUGAUCUUAUCUGAUCUGAGCUGCAUGGAGCGCCAAAUAAACAUAAACUCCAAUAAUUAAAGAUAUCUUUAAUUAUUUUGAAGAUAUCAAUUCAUUUUAUGUGCGCAACAAUUCAAUUAAAGAUCUCUUCAAAUAAUUAAUUAUAUAUUCAAUUCUGAAUUAUUGUGCGCAUUCAUUAUAUUGUUGAUAUAGUAUUAAUUUGCUGAAUUGAUGAGCGCUAUAACUGAAUUACUCGCAUCAAUUCAAUUAACGUGCGCAGUAUUUGAGUUAUUGCUCUCUUCAAUUGAAUUGUAGCACGCAUCAAUUCAAAUAAUGUGUGUAAUAAUGUAAGUAUUGCUCUCUUCAACUGAAUUAAUGGUAUCAUCGAUUUCAUUGAUACAGCAUUAAUUCUUAGAGAGAGAGAGAGAGAGAGAGAGAGAGAGAGAGAGAGAGAGCAAGCAACUAUCUCAUUAGAGAUAUCUUCAAUACAGCAUUACCACGGUUGAAUUAAUGGUCUUUUUAAUUAAAUUGUUGCUUUAAAAGAAUUGGCGCACACAUGAAUAUCCCUUAUACAAAAUCGUCGAAAAUGAUUAAAGAUAUCUUCAUUUGAAUUAAAGAGAUCAUGGAAUCGUUUAUAACGAGCUCGAAAUUGAAAUUUGCUAGUAAUAAUUCCACCACAUUGAUGUGCUCAUCAAAUGAAUUAAUGAGAGCAAUAAUUAAAUUGAUUCGUGUAUCAAGUCAUUUACUGCUUUCAUUAUUGAAUCAAUGAGUGCAUCAAGUCAAUUAUAGUUCACAUCAAUUCAAUUGAUCUAUAGGGCUCACGGCGGGUGUGACCGGUCGACAGGGGAUGAUUACUCCUCCUAGGCACCUGAUCCCACCUCUGGUGUGUCCAGGGGUCCGUGUUUGCCCAACUAUUUAUUUUGUAUUGCUUAUAGGAGUUAUGAGAUUGAUCACUGUUCGUUAUCUUCACCUUUCAUGAGAUUAAUAAUUGAUUUGAUGCGCGUAUCAAUUCAAUUAUUGCGCGCAUAUCUUUCAAUGAUUGAAGAUAUCUUAAGUGAUUCGAGUUGAUGUUAAUUUAGCGCGCCAUAGAGCUGAAAGAUGAAUGAGCUAUUCUGAUCACCUGUCAUCUGUCUGUCUAUCCAUAAACUAUUCACAUUUUUAUCUUCCUCACCAGAACCACUCGGCCAGUGUAAUCCAAACUGGGCAAAACGCAUCCUUUGGGGAAAAAGCUUUCAAGUUUUGCAUUUCAGGAUGUAUACCCUCUUGCAAGGGGGAGAUAAUUCACAAUUUGUUUUACAUAUGGAUUACUUUAUACAAAAAUCUUAUUCUAAAGAGUACCAGUACCAGGAUCAGUAAUAUCAAUGUACAAGUAUCCCUGUGUAGUGCAGAUUCAAGUUUCUUCAAAUCGAUGCCCUGGGACCAUAGUACGGAUUCAAAGUUUAUAUAUGGGAAAUUUUAAUUUGAAGAACGGACCAUGGGGUUAAGGUGGGGCUAAAAUUGGGGGAAAUAUUUAUAUGAUACAUGGAUAUAGGGCAUUCCUAUACUGUGUGAAUUCAAGUUGAGUUGAGUCAUAACCACGCAUAAUAUGGAUUCAUUUCUUUCUCUUAAGAAAAAAGAGGGUAAGCAAUCUUUCUUCUUAACAAAAAAUCUGAAAAACAGCAGAAUUAUAGUUAACUCAGGUGAGUGUUGUGGCCUAUGAGUCUCUAAAUUUACCUUUUUUUCCCCUCUUCUUUCAAUUUUACGUUUUUAUUCAGAUUGCUCAAGGGAUGGCAGUGUAAAUGCUGAGUACCGCUGACAAUUCUGAUUGUUAUUGGAUCUUUUUUAAACUUUCUGUUGUCACAUUCUCAUGCUGAACUUGCCGUCAAGCGAAACAUGGACAACCAACUUUAUUUACAGGAAUUAUGACAUUGCACUGAUUUACAAAUAAAAUUGUGGCCAACGUUGAUUUAAGGUGAUACGUGACGUUUCUGACAUUUUCUCUAGAAUAUUUUUUAAUCCCCUUGGUAUGAAGAGUUGUUGGACGAUUUUCGUAAUAUCUUACUUUUUUUAUCGGCCUGGGUACUCAGUGGUUAAAUCACCUAACUAGUUACGCAGGGGUCCCGGGUUAGAUCCCCAAUUGUUCCAAAGAUUUCUCUCCCUUCUGUGCUACUAUGACUUUUGUGUAUAUACAUAAUGUAUAUAAUUAAUCUUCUGUAAUGCAUAAGAGCUGAUGCUAAUUCUAAAACAGACAUGGUAAUAUACUCCCACUCUUUUUUUUUUUUUUUUUUUUUUUUUGUUGUUGUAUGAACUAGAUAGAAUGCAAGUGAAUUGUCCAUAAGAUAUCGUGAAAAAGUAGUAUUAUUGAAAAACGUCACAUAUGUCCUAACGAUUAGAAUAUAAUUUAGAUUCACUUUAAGCAUAAUGGCUGUAAUUUUCUUCUCUUUGCAUACACUGUACACUGAUGCCCCCUGCUUAUAUUGGACUACAUUUACAUUAGCGUCAUUGGUGUUGUGCUAUAUCGAUAUAUUUGACUUGGCGCUCACCACCCGACAGGCGACAAACCUAAGAAAUUUGAACUUCAUAUAGUAUUUGCAUCUGUUACCGCAUUUUAAGUAAGGAUUUUCUUUUGAGGGUGGAAAUACUUCUAGUCAUGCAUAGUGUAUCUCAUACAUCUGUGGCCCUAUUCACAAAAUAUCUUACGACCAAGAUCAAAAUUUACAAGCACUAUAAUUUUCUUAUUUUUCAUUCUUGUCGACAAUCUUUUUUAAUAUGUAAAGUGCAUCCAUGGUUUAUAAAACUUUGAUGCAUACUGUAAUACCUUUUGGGUAUUCUCAAACCCCAGGUAUAUAGAAUUAACUUUCUCUAGAAUCAGUUCGAAAUAAAUUAGCCAGUAAAUACAAAGCAAUGAUUAACAAUGAUUCCGAAAAAUAAAUGGGUUCUAAGAUUCUGCUUCUGUGCUCUGAUUAUCUAUUAGGUCUCAAACUAUGUUUCUGAGCCUCUAAUGCUCCCAGGCCUCUUACUUGUGUUUCAAACACUUUAUUCUUUGUCUCUGAAUUAUGUUAGGUUCGGAACACAAUGUACCCCAAAUGGUAAUAUCUGCAGUAUAUUGAGAGCUGCAAAUGGAGCACACUAAAUUCCUUACCUUUUGGCCUUCCUUCUUCUUUGGCUUCCGACAGACAACUAUGAGCAGCCGCCGCAAUCGCUCUUUAUAGCAAAUGUCAGCAUCUAUCUGGAUCACAUAAACGUUUAACGUUAGCACAAAAGCGGCUAAUGGUGAUAUUGAAGUUGCAUACCAUCUCAAUACUACAAUACUAACUUACCUUGUGAUCAUUAUUUCCUUAUCUGACAGACUUGUUGUUGUUGUUUUUUUUUUGUUUUUUUUUUUUAGCUUAGUCGUAAGAUAUUUUGUGAAUAUAGGCCAUGGGACGGACCCAGAAAACUUUCAAAGGGGAGAUUUGCAAUCGCCAAAAGGAGGGGGGUGGGAUGGAUGGAAAAACCCAAAUGGGACAGAAAAUGGCUAUUGUUUUUUGUUUAAAACGUUCAACAUAAGAUGGGUUGAAAUCCCCGUACCCCCUCCCCCUUAGAUCCACCACUUUACAUCUACAUGUUAACAUACUGCAAUGCAUUUGAAUUUGUGGUAGACAUUCAAGUUUUAUUUAAUGCAGGUUUUAGAACUUUACAAACCGUUAGUUUAACACGUAGAGUAAAGAUUUCUAGUCAUUUAGAAUAUCUGUAUAUAUAUAUAUAUAUAUAUAUAUAUAUAUAUAUAUAUAUAUAUUCUUUAUGUAGCACAAUAAUCCAAUCCAUGCAAUCUGCAUUCUAUGGGGUUUGGUUGUAUAUUAUACUAUAGUCAUGUUACAAAGAUUGAGAAUAUCUGUAAGUAUACUAUAGUCAUGUUACAAAGAUUGAGAAUAUCUGUAAAUAUACUAUAGUCAUGUUACAAAGAUUGAGAAUAUCUGUAAAUAUACUAUAGUCAUGUUACAAAGAUUGAGAAUACCUGUAAAUAUACUAUAGUCAUGUUACAAAGAUUGAGAAUACCUGUAAAUAUACUAUAGUCAUGUUACAAAGAUUGAGAAUAUCUGUAAAUAUACUAUAGUCAUGUUACAAAGAUUGAGAAUAUCUGUAAAUAUACUAUAGUCAUGUUACAAAGAUUGAGAAUAUCUGUAAAUAUACUAUAGUCAUGUUACAAAGAUUGAGAAUACCUGUAAAUAUACUAUAGUCAUGUUACAAAGAUUGAGAAUAUCUGUAAAUAUACUAUAGUCAUGUUACAAAGAUUGAGAAUAUCUGUAAAUAUACUAUAGUCAUGUUACAAAGAUUGAGAAUAUCUGUAAAUAUGCUAUAGUCAUGUUACAAAGAUUGAGAAUAUCUGUAAAUAUACUGAGUCAUGUUACAAAUUUUAAGAAUAAAAGGGGUUUUGCUGAAA